GCUUGGUAAUCUGAAUCUUCUAAAAAUGGCUUAUCCAUAGUUAAAAGCUUUCUGAAAAAUCACUAUCAAGCAAUGAAGAAUGACAAAUACUUGCCUAUUCCCGAAAAAUGCAGAGGAUACAAAAUUAUAAAGAACAAACUAGUCUAUUUUGGAGAAGACAGCGAAAUUUCAAAAGAAAAGUACAGGUGCAUGAAUGUUGUAGAUCAGUCCAAGACUAUGUUAAAUUGGAUGCAAUUUUCAAAAGAGAAAAUCCGUAAUUUGACACUUAGCGAGUGUGUAUUGGAAAUUACUGACAUAGAUAAUGUUCAUUUACUUGAUUCAUUUUUAGACGAAGACGUAGACAUUUGCAUUUUACAAAAUUUUAUGAAAAAAUCUGCUUUUGAACAACUGCAACAAAGAGUACAGGAUAAAAAAACGAAACAAAAAUUCACGUGUAUCAAAUGCUCUAAAUCUGUUCAUACCAACUGUAUUCAAUGUGAUAGUUGCUUAUUAUGGUUUCAUUACUCAUGUGUAAACAUAGAAGUACCUAAAAACGCAUUGUAUUUCAGUGACCACGAUUGGUACUGCUGCAAAUGUAAUUCUAUCUGAUGAUUCUUAGAAAUGUAUGUGAUUCAACUAUUAAAUAUAAAUAAAAUUGAUAUUA